AUGGCCAGCAGCAGCCAUCCCGGGGUAUUCGAGUUACCAGGUGAUCCAGUCAUCAUUCCCCCUACGCCAAUUGCUGCCGACCGCAAAAGCGGCAUCAAAAUAACCAAACCGCAAGCCGUCAAUGACAAUGACUUCAUUCUUGGCUCUCCGCCGGCAUACCUAGAAAGCUCCUGGAAGGUAAAGUUGAAUAUUCUGAUCCAGGUGGUAGGCAGUCGAGGGGAUGUGCAACCAUUCAUUGCCCUUGGAAACGAACUGCAGCGAUAUGGACAUCGGGUGAGACUGGCUACUCAUGAUGUAUUCGAAGAUUUCGUCCGGGGCUCAGGGCUGGAAUUUUAUCCUAUCGGGGGCGAUCCGGAGGAGCUGAUGGCCUACAUGGUUAAGAAUCCCGGUCUCAUUCCCAGUAUGCGGAGCUUACAGGCAGGUGAAAUUGGGCGCAAGCGAGCCAUGAUCCGGAAAAUGUUGGACGGGUGCUGGCAAUCGUGUAUCGAGCCUGAUAUGGCGACCCAGCGGCCGUUCGUAGCUUAUGCCAUCAUCGCCAACCCUCCCAGCUUUGCUCACAUCCACUGCGCCCAGGCUUUAAGUAUUCCCGUACAUUUGAUGUUCACUAUGCCCUGGACCAGCACGAAAGCCUUUCCUCACCCCCUGGCAAAUGUAACUGGUAGUGGUGACGAAGACCAAGGGUUCAAGAAUUUUGUCUCUUACGCCGUGGUUAACUGGCUGACUUGGCAAGGGGUGGGCGAUGUGAUCAAUCAAUGGCGAAAAGAGCUUUGUUUGGACGAAGUAGCUAUGUUCGAAGGGCCUCGUCUUGCAGAAAUCUUGAAGAUACCUUUCACAUACUGCUGGUCCCCGGCUCUCAUUCCCAGGCCGUCAGAUUGGCCUUCUCAUAUAGCGUUCCCCUCCCCCUCCAAAGACGUCUGUGGUUUCUUCUUCCGGGAUCCACCGAGAUAUGAUCCCCCGGCUGACUUGCUGGCCUUUCUUGCUGCUGGUCCACCCCCAAUUUAUAUCGGGUUCGGUAGUAUUGUAUUGGAGGACCCAGAAAGCAUCACCGCUAUUAUCCUCAACGCUGUACGUGCAACAGGAGUACGGGCUAUUGUUUCCAAAGGCUGGUCCAACUUAGGCGGGAUGCACGAUGAUAACAUUUAUUUCAUCGGGGAUUGCCCUCACGAAUGGCUGUUUGACCGCGUGGCGGCUGUUGUGCAUCAUGGAGGUGCGGGCACGACCGCUUGCGGGUUACGAAAAUCCAAGCCCACAAUCGUUGUACCCUUCUUUGGAGAUCAGCCCUUCUGGGGAGAUAUGGUCGCUGCAGCGGGCGCUGGUCCUACUCCUAUUCCACAUAAAGAAUUUACAGUCGAUAGGCUGGCCGAAGGGAUUCGAUACUGCCUUAGCGAGCAAGCGCGCAUGUCAGCCGUUGCUAUAGCUGCCAAAAUGCAGUCCGAAGCAGGUGUAAAGGCCGCAGUCGCCUCAUUUCACCGGAACCUCCCACUUGAAUGUCUGCAGUGUGAUCUAGAUCCUGGUCUACCUGCAGUGUGGUCGCUCCGCCAAAAACGUAGGAAAUUCAAGCUGUCAAAGAUUGCCGCAGAGGUACUAAUCGCCGAUGGAUCCAUUGAUGCAAAUAGCUUGACGAUGCAUGCGAUCCGCCCAAUCUUCAUUGAAAAUCGCCGAUGGGAUCCCGUCACGGGAGGAGCGUCUGCAGUGGUUGGAACAGCCACCGAUGUCGCCGACUCUAUUUUUGGAGCCUUCUACAAGCCUGCUCUGGAGUAUCACAAGUUCAAGGAGGAGCGCGAAGAUCAACUCUCAAGCAGCAGGACCAACCUCUCCGUCGAAAACCUUUCAGACAAUCUAUCUGUCCAUACUGUUUCGACAGAUCACGAGAAGGAGCCGCGCGGUAUGAGUAUUUCCAGUAGCAACAACUCUACGGUGUCUGCGGAUUCAGACGCGCAAAAGCGAUCGGGUACUGGCAAAAGAAAGCUUUUUGGUAGGAUGGCAGCUGCGUCUGCCAAAAGUUUGGGCAGCGUUGGUCCUGCCAUGAUUAAGGGCACGACUGUUUACUUUCCCCUUGCUUUGGCUGAAGGGCUGCGCAACGUCCCUCGGCUGUAUGGUGAAGAGCCUCGAGAUCACGGUCCAGUUACUGACAUCAAGAGUGGGUUUGCUGUUGCUGGGAAAGGAUUUGCAUGGGGAAUGGCGGAGGCGGUUAGCGACAUCGUUGUUAAGCCAUACCAGGGUCUUCAAAAAGAGGGUGCGAAAGGUGCGAUCAAAGGAGUUGGCAAAGGGGUAACUAAUAUGGCAGCCAAAUCCGGCUCCGCUAUGUUUGGCCUCAUGGCAUACUCUACUGCUGGUAUCGCGCAGAGUUUACGGUCGUCAGGUCAGUCGCGGAUUAGAAAGCUCAUCGCCCAACAGCGCCACAGUGAGGGAACGUGGUUACUGGAGAGCGGCCAGUAUACAGCGACGGACAAUAUCGUAGCCACUUUUCGGCAGAAAUUGAGGAGUACGAAGAAUAACUGA